AUGAGGGACUGCUAUCAAAACAGUACCUAUGAUGAUCUUUGUAUUGUCCCCAAUUCAAUAACAACUGGCGAACCUGUCCUUCCGAGCGAAAUAUUCAUUCUCGUUAUUCGAAACUCGGAAGCUUAUGUGAUUUCUGGAGAUGGAAAUUCAAAAGUUUCUGCAACUAUAACCGCUCCAAAUGGGAACUAUUUUCAAUCUGUUCAGCAUGCGCUUAUUAGAAAUCAAUUGUAUAUUUUCGGCGGCUCUUCGGACAAAAGGAAGAUUGCUGUUCUUGAAGCAUGCAGUUUUAAAGAAAAAUCGGAAAGGCUCUUGAAUGAUAUAGAUUGGGCAAGUGCGGCUCUUUCUAUUGACGACGACUCUCGAGGUAAAUAA